CAUAGACGAUGGUGCUGCGCUCACCAGAUCUCGAAAGUCACAUGUUCUGUUAGAGUUCUCUAUAGAUACGGUCAACAAAAUAUUAAAGUUAUUAAUAUUUAACUUUAAAUAAAUUAAUCUUUAAACUUUGAAGCUAUUGUAAAGACUUGUACCAUGAUGUCUUCCGGUCAGGUUGUGGCCCUGGAGUAAUACGGAGUCGUGGGAAAUAGCAAUCUGUUUAAUCGAGUAAUCUAAUAAUAGUGUAAGAGAUGGCGAAGUCGAAGAAUCACACCAAUCAUAACCAGAACCGGAAAGAUCACCGAAACGGAAUCAAAAAACCAAGACGGUUUAGACACGAGUCCACUCUUGGGGUUGACCCAAAAUUCCUUCGCAAUUUACGGUAUUCCAAGAAAAACAACCUGUCUACCAAGGCUCAAUUAGCUCGAGCUGCUCAUCGGGAAACCAUGCGUCUAGCACGGAAGAAGAAGGCGUUGGCUGCAAGGAAUGCUAAGGCUGAACCCAAGGCGACUACCGAGGCUGUUGCAAAGCCUUGAAUGUAUGUUUUGCGAUGAAUAAAUGUUUCUAAUGCAAUUAAAGGUUUUCUUUUUUCGCAAUGUGAUUGCGUAAUCAGGCUUGGAUUUUAAUGACCUUAAAUUCUUUUAAAGUUGUUCAUUUUUUUUUUUUACAAUUUUUAAAUAAAUUUUUAGUCUUCCUUUAUAGGAGGAAAUGUAAUCUGUAGCUUUGAUCUCCCAAUCGUUAGUUUUCAAAGAUUGGGGAAGCUACUGAAGAUGUAUAGUUUUGAGAGUUUGAAAAACGGAGUCCACUCUAGUAGUAAAUUUCCUUUUGAACUGAUCAAUAAAGAAUUUUAGUAUUUGUAAAUUCAUGAAACAUUCUCCAACAAAAAACUGGAAAAGGAAACAAAAUGCAGGAAAAUGACAAAAAUAAUGAAAUAGUUUAAAUAAUGAAAACAAGACCUAAUGCUUGAAAAAUGGCAAAAAUGCAAUACUUCUACAUAUUUAUUACAUACGUCAAGAUAUGUUCAUUCACAAGUUAGCUGUCUUGAGUGCACCAAUGAAAAGAUGUCAUCAGAAUCCAAGCCCUGGCCAUAACCAUGUUUGCAAAUGUUUCUGGUUGUAGUUUUUAUACUUGAUUCGAGGAUGUAAUAUUAAGAAAUAACUGCAUUCCUUUGAAAUUGUUUAGAAGUUAAUAAAAAAAAAUUCUCUGAAACUC